GAGAGGGUCUCACAUAAAUUCAUAUCACAAAACACUCUCAUUGCUUCCCAGUUGAGACAACUUCUCUCAACACAAACUAAAGAUGGUUCAUAACAACAAGCCAAUAAAUUCUUCAAAGAGGAGGAUUCAAAUCCUGCUAUCACUCUCUGUUCUGGCUUUCAUUUCUUCCCAAUACUCUUCCCUUAUUUUUACUUACUUUUCUUCUUUCAAACUCUUCAGCUCUACUACCACUGACAGACACUUUAUAUUUCUUCUUUGCAAUGGACUUAUGCUUCUUGUCAUCAAAACCUCGGGCUUGUUUUCGAGUCCUGCUCCUCCAGGGACUGAAUUUUAUCGCGACAGUCAUGUUAUCAGAGUUCAGGCUCAGCCUUCACAUCACCGAUCUGCGGACUUGAGAGAAAAUAUUUAUGUCAAGAAAAAUGUCAUUUCUCAUCAACCUGUUGAGUUUAGUAAGAAAAAUAAUGUUGAAUCACAGAUUGAUGAUCUUGCGGAAACAGAGGAAGAGACUGAUAUUAAAUCUGUCACUGAACCUGAGCAAGUUGAAAGAAGAACAAGAGUAAUGGACGAGGGUUGUGAAUUUGUGACAUCUACAACAGACUAUGAUGAAAAAGAACAGGUGAGUGAACUGAAUUCUGUCCAAGAACACGAAGAACAAGCAGAAGAAGAAGAAAAUGAAGAAUUAGAAUUAGUAAAUACCGAAGAAGAGGAAGAACAAGAGACUCUUUUAUGGAGUACAGAGGAAUUAAACAAGAAAUGCGACGACUUCAUAAGGAAGAUGAAGUAUGGCAUCAGAUAUGAGCCUCAACUUGUCAUGGUUUAGUAAUUAGUACCCGCGCAAAUCAUCUUCCUAAUCGUCUUACCACCAGAUAUCUUAUAUUGUAAUCUUUAACCCCUGCAACUUCUUUUCCUCCAUCCCAUUAUUUUUUAUCUUGGAGUAGAAGGUUUUUUUUCCCUCGUGCUUUCUGGGGAUUUCAGGUUCAAUUACAGCCCGUUUUUCAGUCUGUCUAAAAUGUUUUGCUAUGGAUUUGUGUCAAUAUUGAUUGAGCAAUUAUUGAAUUUCUAAUCA